AUAUGCUCUGAUACGAUUUGGUUUCUGGCCUGGAAUUGCACAAUGCCUCAAUACCCUACUUCCGCCUCAUUUCUGUGGGCACCAAACCCACCUUUGUAGUGAACAUUCGAGGUGCAGGGUACUAUUUCGAGGGUCUUGAAAUCUGUGAUUUUCUUUGGAGGUAUUCAGGCAAAGGGAAAAGAGCUUUACCCAGCUUCUCUUUAUCCUGGUUGGGGUUUUGGGGUUAUGCAAAGAACCCAUUUGUGAUUUCUUUGAAAAGCCCUCGUUCUUUUGGAGGUUAUUGAAACAAAGCUAGCAGAAAAGGUUAUGGCGGAUAGGAAAGGAAUCAUGAGGAAGAGUCCUUGUAGUUACAAUAGGAGCUCAGUCAGGGAUGAAAAUUUUGAAGAGGAAGAUAUGUGGUCUUAUGCAAAGGAGAAGGAAGAUUCAAGUCCUACCCUGAGGAAAUCCAAGGACUAUGGAGGUUCUUCUUCCUCUGCAUGGCGCGUCAGCACCACUCCGAGAAUUAUACCAAAAGUAAGCAACUUAACAAGCCAUGAAACCAAGAUGGCUCAACAAUCAUCAGCACCAGUCAAGAUCCCUGAUUGGUCCAAAAUUUAUGGAAAAUGUGCAACUUCAACAAAUGGGUCAUGGGUUUAUGAUGGGAAUGGAAUUGGUGACAGUACCGGUUAUGAACAUGGAGAUUAUCAUCAUAGUGAUGGUGGUGGCGAUGAUGAUGGUGAUGGUGAUGAUGACAUGGUUCCCCCACAUGAAUGGCUAGCCAGGAAGCUUGCAAGGAGCCAGAUUUCUUCAUUCUCUGUGUGUGAAGGAAUGGGAAGGACUCUCAAAGGUAGAGAUCUCAGCAGAGUGAGGAAUGCUGUUUUGACAAAAACAGGUUUCCUUGAGUAAGGCCAUACUACCAAACCACCAACACCAAACUAUCAUCAUCAUCACAGCCAUUAUCAUAUGCAUUGCAUAACGCCAACAGAUGAUCAUAUCCAUCAUGGUCAUCAUCAUUGCUCUAUAUAGGGGUCCCAUAAAACCUUUUUGUUCUUAUUAGUUUAUGAGGUGUAGACAACUGUGUGGUAGUAUUAAGUUUAUCUUGGAAACUAGAAUUCAGAGCUGCCUUUUGUUUUGAUUUCUCAAGAUGAAGAUAGGUUGCAGCCUCUGAGAUUUUGUCUGAGUUUAAUAGGAUUGGUGUUGGAUUGCACCUGUAACAGCAAAAGGGUAUUAGUUAAAUCUUCCUUUGGCUGCUAUUGCAUUCAUCAU